CUCGCGCAUGUUGUUCUUAUCCUCGAAAAUGCAGCUGAUUCCGACGUUGUCUUAUGCUAUUUGUCUUAAUCGGCCUCCACUGAAGCUUGAUUUAGUUUCAGCACUCUUUAUCUAUGAUAAGUAACUCCUCCUUAUCGGUGCUCUUGGUCAGAGAUAUCUUGUUCUCAACGUUAGUCAGCUUGUGAUUUGACUGACUACUGUGUAUGAGAUCUGGUGUUAUAAUUGUUUAUGGGAUGGUGGGACUUGUAUGAAACCGGGAUCCUAGUGAUCAGGGCAGUAUGCAGGUGCCAGUGGGUUAGGAGUAUUGUUUGUCCAAGUUCAAACACCUUUGCUGAUCUAUCAUGCUAAUUUGGAUUGAGCCGCGCAGGACAUCAUAAUGUCUGGCACAGAGGAACACAAAGAACAGAAAGUGGAAGGAAAUGCCACCGGUGAGGCUGAGAAAUCCAUGCCACCGUCUCAGGAGCAGGAAGCAACUAUAAACCCAAAGUAUGGAGGAAUCAAGCCAAAGAGGCCACCGCUGAUUUCCAAGGACCAUGAGCGAGCUUACUUUGAUUCUGCUGAUUGGGCUCUUGGAAAGCAAGGUGGUGCGAAGCCGAAAGGACCCCUUGAAGCUCUUCGCCCAAAGUUACAGCCCACACAGCAACAAACACGCUACCGGAAAUCCCCAUGUGCUCCCUCUGAGGGCGAAGAUGGAGGAGCUGCUUAAGCGUUUUAGAUCGGGGGAGGUUCGUUCAGUUCAGGGAACAUCUCUGUAAGAUCUUCUGUUAUAAUGUCGAAAAAUAACACUCUGGUAAUUUGAAUGUUAUGGCCAUUCCUUCUAUUGAGUGAGUGGCUCCAUUUACACACAUUGCUUCUAUUCAAUCAGAAUUCAGGUUUGGACUCAGAAGUAGGGCAAGUUUGUUGGAAAAAGGGUUUCGGUUUAAAGUCGGUUUGGACUAAACCGAAACACGGUUGAACUUUUGAGCUAAUCCACAGAGAAAUCGGUUUAGAUAA